UCGAGCAACAAGUUAUUCUUUUCAGUAGCGUAGAUCAAAUUAUUCGUAUUCGUUCAAUGUAUGUACAUCAUUCGUCAUUGCGCAUCGCAUCGGUUGUGGUCAUCGUUGAUUAGGUCAGUCAGUCGGUUGGACUUGUGAUAACAGGUUGAAACGCAAACAACCCCAACCAACCUUCCGCGUAGUGGAACGUACCUACCUUCGUAUAGCAAAGUGCUGUAACCCGGCCCCGCCAUCAAGUAGCCGCGCAAGUGGUGGUCGUUGUCGGUCGUCCGUCGUCAAAUAUGUGAUAACAGUUAAUCGACGACAUCGUUCACGGAGUGUGGUGUGGUGGCAGUGUAAUUCGUGGAAACCGGAGCCGUUGUGGUGGAAUUGCACGUGUUGACGGACGUCAGCUAUCUACCUCACUGGUACGUGACGAUCUUUGGAUAUCUGCGUCGUGGGUUGUGUGAUCUAUUGUUCAAUACAGUGCAGUGAUUGUCGAUUCGUCAUCCAUUCGUGCCCUGUUAGUUGAGCUACAAAUAUCUCUCAAGUGUAUGUCAGUGGUGUUGUGAAAUGAAGCUAAAGUUUGUCGAUUCGAUUUUUACGACUUGUUUUCCGCUUCGAAUGUGAUGUUUCUUUAUUAUUUUGCUUGCGAGAGCUGGAAUUUUGUUCGAGUGCGGUCGUUCCCAUACUCAUCGUGUUCUCCGCCGAUGACGGCGAGGUCGACCGAAAGCGAAAACCGAAAAAAAAUACGCCAACACACUUUUUGCCGAUUGUUACCAACUACCUACUCAAUCAUCGAUCGUCUGUCUGCCCGCCAAGUGAACCGUACUACAUACGUAGGAAACGAGCAAUAUUCAAAUCAUAAAACUCCACAUUUCUUCCAAGCGGAACACAAAAGACAUAAAUACUGUGCAUUUAUUGCUGCUCGCGCGUCCGUAGGUAUUAAAUGUUUGUACAAGUAAAGGAACGGCUCAAAACACGAUAAGAACAUCAAGUGGUGAAGGAAGCGAAAAAACCGCGCUGAAUAAAAAUGAUAACGUAAUAUAAAUAUCAAUGUGAAAAGAAGAAAAGGAAGAACAACAGCAAGAACGACACAUUAGCCAGUGCAACAAUCGUAUUCGUACCGCGGCAGAACACAUCAAUGACCACUGGAACUGGAGGCACAAAUUUGGACUACAGUCAUCGUCGUCGUCGUCGUCUUGGGGAGCGUGCGUCGCGCCAUCAUCCAUAGCAUCCCAUAGCUCAUAGCGCUACUACUGCUGGCCGUUGCAGCUCCACAGCGCUGUGGUCGGUCGAUGUAAUAAAUAUGUGCAGUUGUUCCGAACGUUCCGAGCACCAAGCAAGCAAUUAUUGCCCAUUCAACGAUAAGUGCCGAAAUUCCAGCAACUUCCGAUACAAAGAAGAGGGGUAGCCGUCUAUAGCAGUAGCACAGGAGUCAGGUGGUAUUGAGUGAGCGGAGUGUCGGAGGUGGUGGUGCUGAGUGGGUGGAAGCGACGUGCGCGCGAACAUCCCGUUACACACCCUGGUUAGGCAGCGUGAGAUAAUGAAUGGGAUCGGCUGCCUGUAUGCGGUGUUGCUGGUCCUCCUGAGUCAGACCGUUGUCGUCCAGCCGACGGCGCGACGGUUACAUCAUCGCCGCUAUAGCAGAUCCGUUGAGAGCGAAGAUCCUGAAAGCAUCUUGGAUAGCUAUGUCAUAGGAGUGGUUGAAUUUCGUCCGGAACCUUCCGACAUUGAUGUACGAAGCAGGACGGGGCAACAUCUGGACGCAUACGCAGACCUUGUCCGUUCUGACAAUGCCAAGGUCACCGACAUCAUCGUUUUCCCGGAACUCACCCUGAACACCUUCUCGGACUCAGUGUUCGUUCCGGACCCCAGCACACAGGUGGUUCCCUGUGAAAACUCCACACGAUUUGUACUACCCUUCCUGUCCUGUCUGGCAGCCGAAGUCCGUAAAUACCUCGUGAUAAACCUGUCGGAGAUCUUCAACUGCAAAUCGAAUUCCACGGAGGUCACACAACCAUGCGCCCCGCACGGGUUCGUUUGGUAUAACACCGACGUGGUUUUCGAUCGAAACGGAGCUGUGAUAGCGCGGUACCGCAAGUCCAACCUGCUCGGUAAAAGCGGUGAAACCGAUCGGACGACGUACGUGCCGGAGAUUGUAACAUUCGAGACUGAUUUUGGGGUGAAGUUCGGGUUGAUCACCCGAUCGGAUGUGCUGUUGGCGAAGCCGGCCUUGGAGCUGGUCAAGCAAGGCGUGAAUGACUUGAUCAUGCCUGCCAUGUGGCAAGCGGAGCUUCCGUUCCUCACGUCUACGCAGGUGUAUGAAAGCUGGGCAUUCACGAAUAAUGUGAACCUGAUAGUGGCGGGCGGUAAUCACGAGGCUACGGGUAAUACGGGGACGGGUGUAUUCAACGGACGGAGUGGAGCAAUACUUUCGUAUGUUACUGGUGAGCCAACUAGGAGAUUAUUCCCAGUACGGAUUCCAAAGACUCCAGGAGUUCGUACGGCAAAUCACAUUCCGCUGGAAAGCUCUGACACGGAAACAGGUCGAUUACACGGGAAGUUUCUCGAGGAAAUCAACAUCGAACGGGACUUCCUGGAGCAGUUUACCACCUUGCAAAUCAAUCCGGAACGCUACCAUGACCGUAUCGGUCAAAUAAUCUGCAACGGGUUCUUUUGCUGUGAAUUUAGUGUUGUGUUGACCAUCGUCCCGGAUCAGGACGUAACCCAUUACUACCGGUUCGCAGUGUUCGACGGUUACCGGUCAUUUUCGAAGUACAGCAGCGAAACCCACGUAUCUACCUGCGGUAUAAUCAUGUGCCGAAACCAGUCCCUAUCCAGCUGUGGACUUCCCAUGAACGAAAACUCAAACUACCUCGCAUUCAACGAAAUCGUCAUCUCAGGCAAGUUCCAGGCGAACGGAACGCUGGCGAUGGCGAACUCUCUGGAUGACAUGCUGCACCCGUUGAGCGUUGAUCAGUAUACGUUCUACUCUUCGGUCAAUUACUCAACGAACCAACAGGACGUCCAACUCAAUCUUGUCAGCGGAAGUGUGGCCAACCUGCAGACGUUUGCCAUCUACGCGAUCAACCACGAAAACUUUGAGUACUUCAACCCGAUCGAGGCCCCACCGGAACCAAGUACGGUAAGCCCAACGAUCGAGUACGCUGUCGGUGAAGAUGAUACCGGAGGUUCAUCGAAGACAACGACUGCCUCGGGUGCCCUCCAGGCACUGCUACUGGUGAUGCUGCUGGUCAGCACGGUACGAGAGCUUCGGUGAUCGGUGAACAGAGAUGUAAGGAAUGUUGUAAAUAUUGUAAAUGUUUUAGGUGUAGAAUAAUCGAAAAAUGCAUGCCAAAUUGUUAGACAUAAGACGAAAUAAUUCCUAUUAGAAGCGAAUGUGAGGAGUUACCAGCUGUUUUUUUUUUUUGUAAUUUUACCGGCCGUAUCAACAACGAUAUCGGUAUUUGUUGCUGAAUAUUACCAAGAUGAGAAUUUCAACAAAUGACUAUGAGUUAUAUAUUCUUCAAGUGAAUGAAUUAAAAAAAAAUAAUUUUAUUUCAUUUAUUCAACUGAACAAUAUUGGAAAAGACUUAAAUCUAACUUAUUCCUACACUUAGGCAGGCCAUUCGCCUGUACUGAAUCUAGAUUGAAACAAGACUGAAUGAGACUGCCUCCUCUUGGAGUAUUUAUAGUCGGGUGCAUCUUCCUAGAAUCGUUCUUAUCAACCUGGCCUCAGCUGAUGUUUGGGUUAUCUCGUUCUGCGGAAAUGGUGUGCCACUUCUAUACUUCGCGGUAAUGUUUAUAGCUUGCAGAUUCCGAUUAAUUGGUCCAUGCGAUGAUCUGUUGUUAUGCUGUAUGUUGUUAAGCUGGUUAUCUGGCUGUGGUGUACCUCUGGGUGUGGUGUGACUCUGGCUGUGGUAUAGCAAUCGGGGUACGUAACUCCUCCCCUCUUAAUUAACUUUAUCCACAAAUUUGACUGAGCGUUGGAUUUACAUUUCGAUAUAUUGAUGGCAUUUUUAUCAAGAUAUCGAUUUCCUUCUUCCUUCCGUCGCAUACCUUUUCUGGUGGUCCGUCUGGUGUCGUUGUUUUCAACUCUGUCAUCGAUAAAGCUUGUUCUGUUAGUUCCACUUUGAUUUUGGUAAACGUGAUUCUUGAGAAAUAUAUUAAAAGACUGAUGAUUACGGUUACAAUCAUUGUGGUGGAUAUUCCUAUGGUUCCGUUCAAUACCUGGUUUGAGUUGCCACAGUUGGAUGUUAUUUCUGCUACUGCGUUGUUUAUCAGAACGGUAUUGUCGGUUACUCGUUUUAUUAGUCCGUUUGUGUAGACUCUUUCAAAGCUGCAAUUGGAAUGUUUACCUCUGAUAAGUUGUUCGACACAUUUGGUUGUGUAUUUCAGUGAAGAUGAUUCUUAUAAUUGCUUUUAACUCUUUCAUUGUGUCAUGCCCUAAGACUGUAACGAAUGUAAUUAACUUUUCCAUAUGGUAGAAUUUUACGAUUAGAUCUGAAUUUGGUUUGAAAAAUUUUCCUUGGGAGUAUCGUUUAAUUUUGGUAUCUCCUCCAACAGAUGAUACGCUUGAUAUGGCUUGUUUACAAGGUGAUAAAGUCUAACAAAUCUCGGAUGAAAAAAGUUUUUUUUUCGAUCCGGUAUCUACCAAAAGUUUUAGGGAUUUUUUUUCAUUACCGUAAUGUAAAACAUACGGUAAUGUUGAAUUCAUUCUAAAAAAAUGAAUUCAACAUUUUCAUUUUCUUCGUCAUCAUUGGCGACCUGGUCUUUGUUGUUUAUCUAAGUUUCAUACAUUUUCAUGUCUCGAUCCGUUUGCUGCAUUUCUUCAUCCUGUUGAUCUUCGAGUUCAACUUCGUAAUAUCCAUUGUCGUCGUAGUGGUAGGGGUCUUCUACGUAAUGCUGUUGGCUUUCCGGGCUCCAUAGGGAUGUUGGGGUGAAGUAUAAUCUUGGUCUCUUUUGAGGUGGUGCUUGAUAUACGUGUUGAGGCUUAUAACUGUAAUUUACCUGUUUAAUUGGCAAGGACUGGUCGACUUCCAUUGGUUCCUGCCUUUCUCGUCGUUGUGGAAUUGGUGGUGCUGGUCUUUUUUUUUUUUUCUUUCUAAACCUUAGGCCUUAGGGGGAUAAUCUGCAAACAGACACCCUAGCAGCAAGGUUAGGGUAGUGUGGGGUUGAGGCCGUCUUUUACUACAAUAGUAAAAGCCAGGACUACUCUCUCCUCGACCUACUAAACACAUUCCUAUGGUCACCAUACCCUACGUCUCUCCGGAACCACCAAGAAGGCAUUGCUUCAGAGAGGGCGAGAGGGGCUAGUGCACGUGGCACCCUUAAGGUUAGCUGCGUAGCCUGCAGCAACGAACAUCGAUGACUCGCUUUGGAGAGUCCAUCACGGUAGCAUGCUGGCGCUUAGCCAGUUUCCCGAGUGGUCCUCGACACUCCCUUUGUCCUCGGAAGGCGGGCAGGGUCAACCCCGCUCGCUCCCAACUG